AUGGUAUCCAUACUUCAAGAUGGUACUCAUGUCACUGCCAGAUUUCCUAGGUCACAGUCUACAGCAUACAGGGGGAGGAAGCACUACACAAGCCAGAAUGUGCUUGCUGCUGUUGACUUUGAUCUGAAGUUCACAUAUGUGCUGGCUGGCUGGGAGGGGUCAGCGCAUGAUGCUAACAUUCUCACCGACAGCAUGAGUAGACCUGAUGGGAUCAACAUCCCCGACGGCAAGUUCUACCUUGGAGAUGCUGGCUAUGCAUGUCGGCCAGGUAUUCUUCCACCCUUCAGGAAAACAAGACACUCCAGCCUUAGAGUAACUGUUGAGAGGGCAUUUGGAGCUCUGAAGAAUAGGUUUAAGAUCCUGGAUAAGAAGCCAUUCCACCCAUACUCCACUCAGGUUAAGCUAGUUCUUGCUUGUUGCAUUCUGCAUAACUGGAUCCUCCAGUGGGGCUUUAAUGAACACGUGCCUGAGGAGGAAGAUGUCGAGCCUGACGAUGUUGUUAGCUCUGGGCAUGGUUUGGAGGCAUUUGACAAUGACGCUUGGAAGAACAAAAGGUUGGAGUGGGCAGAGGCGAUGUGGCUUAACAGAGGUCAGUGCAGGAUUUGA